UUUAGAACCAAAUACUUUAAGACUUUUACUCAAGUAGUAUUUUACUGGGUGACUUUCACUUUUACUUGAGUAACUUUCUAUUCAGGUAUCUAUACUUUUACUCAAGUAUGACAAAGGGGUACUUUUUCCACCGCUGUGUUGGGGAAAAGUGUGUCGUGUGCUCACCUAUGAUGCUCACUAUAGUGUGCUACCACCAGAUGUCGCUGUUGAGAUGAAUAUUGUUACACAAUAUCGAAAUAUGGUGUUUUUAUUGCCAUCCGACUUGCCGUACAAAAGCAAAGUCACCAGGAAGAGAAAUGUCAAACGUUUGGAAACUGGUGCCGCUGUCUGCCGCUGUGUCAGGGGUCCUGGGUCUGAUGACGGGCACUGCGACUGUCCUGGCCAGCAGCGAGGUGAAGAAGAAAGCUGCAGCUCAGAGUCUCAGUAUUGAAGAGCUCCCGUCCCUCUAUGUUACUCCAGAGCCGCAUCUCCGGUAUGUGGAGCCAGAGGUGGGGCCAGUGGAACAGGGCGUGGCCGAGCUGAGGAAAUGGGCCGAGCCUUACACCAACCAGUGCCAGGAAACGGGUCUGGUUGUCCUGGAGAAAGCUGAGGAGGUCUACAGGACUGUAGAGCCCACUGUGAGCGCCUCCACCAGGACAGUGAGAGGUGAGAAGACACUCAUAUCAUGCAGAUACUUUCAUAUACACAUACAUACACAAAACUGUGUGUCCUUUCUCUGUCUCUCUCUUUCUCUCUUAGAGACAUAUGAGUUCCUCAAUGAUCCUCCUCCGGACCUCUAUGCCAGCGUCGGGGUGGUUGGCUUCUCUGGCUUCUUAGGAUUGUACCUGGCCAAAGGUUCCAGGGUGAAGAGGCUGGUGUUUCCUAUCGGGCUGAUGGCUCUUAGUGCUUCCAUGUUCUACCCCCAGCAGGCUGCCUCCUUAACCAAGGUGAGCAGGGACUCUGUGUACAACUGGAGUCAGCAGGGUCGGGAUGCUGUGGAGACGCUCUGGAAGGACCUGCCAUUUGGCAAGGGCAAGGUUGAGAAGACCGAGGACAAGAGCACUGCUAGCUGAGACAGAGAGCCUGGACACAUCACCUGGCUGUCACACACACACACACACACACACAUAAUGCAUCUGAAGAGUGCACUCAGAGUCAUAUACAGAGUUCAUAGAACUUGGUUUGAGAUUUUGAAAGUUAAUGGCAUCAAAGGUCCCAAAACAAUCACAUUUUGUUGCGUCAUGGAACAUUUGGUUCAAACGUAGAGGAUAGGUUAUAAUUGGAGCCUGGCCGGUAUAUUGUUUCACCGAUAUUAUCCGCCUAUAUUGGCCGUAUUGACUGUGCAUGUGUGUGUUCAUGUUGUGGUCCUAAUGUUGUGUCAGAGUCUUUGUGGGUGUGUGUGUGUGUGUGUGUGUGUGUGUGUGUGUGUGUGUGUGUGUGUGUGUGUGUGUGUGUGUGUGUGUGUGUGUGUGUGUGUGUGUGUGUGUGUGUGUGUGUGUGUGUGUGUGUGUGUGUGUGUGUGUGUGUGUGUGUGUGUGUGUGUGUGUUCCUAGGUGUGGAUUGUUGCUGGCUCUCAGGCUCUUGUUCUCCUAUGCCUUUGGCACCUGAUUUGAUUCAUGAAAUUGUGAAAUCCUCAAUGGCUGAUGUGAAUAUAGGGGAUUAGGAUUCUUGGCAUGAUAACAACGGUUGUCAGAGGAGUUGGACUAGAAGUUCUGACAGAAUCACCUAUAUUCACAACAGCCCUCUUUUCCUGAGAGUAUUUCCCUAGGUGGCAAAGGUGUGCCACAAAGCUCCUCACGGUGCACUUAGUGUUGGCACACAAAACAGAAAAGUAUUUGAAUUUUGGAGGACAUUACAUCAUGUCAUCACACCCACCAGUGGUGAGAACCUGUUAUUACCAUCAUCUACUGUAUGUCUAAAUGGGUUGGAACCAGGCUCUUGUCGUAAAAAUACAAUUUGUUUUCAGUGAUAUAACCUGGCUUACUAGAGGUGAUAUAAACUCUGUAGGUCUGGGUGUGCUGUACCAGUGUGGAUCGAAAUCACAUUUAACACCCCUAUAUGCACAGCGCCUCCAUGGUGUACACACACCGAAACACACCCUAGACAGAGCACCUUAACAUACCUCUGUCUCUCCUGUAACAUGAUACAUCACAUUCCCUCUUGCUCUGUUACCUUGCCAACUAACCAUGCCAACCUGUUGUAACCAUGCCAACGGACACAGGAGACUCCUGUCAGCUGUCUGACCUCGUUUCCGUGGUUGUCUGAAUCUUGUUGCUCAUGCUUGUUUGUUUUGGUGAUGUUUAUGUAUUUAGUUCUAAAGACAUUCCCCCAUCAUUGAUCCACUACAGAGUGCACUACGAUAACGUUACAUAAAUUAUUUAAAAAGUUAAACAUGUACUUCUACUACUGAAGAAUAUUUAAACGUGGUGUAUAUUUGAAGUAUUUUGUGUUUCAGGUGAUGAUUUUCAUUUUCAAAUGGUUGAUUUUGUAUUGAUUGUCUGUUCCCGGAAAACGACUGUCUAUAAACGGAGAUAUGGGAGGAAUAAAUCAAACUCAUAUCUGA